AUGACCUUAAAGUUGUUUCAUUUUGGCGUGUCUUCAGGGCGGUUGCGGUAUUGGAUCUUGGGAUCUUUAGCCAUCGACGGAGCUUGUUCGAUCGUGGCUAUGGCCAACACUUACGGAUCUUUGGUGAAUAACUCUGGUUCAUACGAAGUGUCUACAUGGACCAUGCCGAUUUUAGUCUUACUCACUAAAUAUACAAGCUCCGUGAUAUGUGCAGCAACAGACAUGAUGAUCGCAGGCUCUCUGGCUUGGACAUGUUUGCGCAUAGAAUCACCAUAUGCAACUACAAGAAACGUACUACGUCGUGUUAUGAUACAAGCCUUGGCUUGCGGUUUCACCACGGCCAUUUCCACAACACUCAUGACCAUCUUUCUUCCCACUGUCUGGAAUGAUGGAAAUAGUGGUUCCAGUGAACCUGCGGUUCUGGAAUCGAUUUCCUUUAAGAACACGUUAAACACCGAGACGGGCAACACACAGUCAUCGGGUCGUAUCCUACGCCGUGUAGAAUCCUUGAGAAUAAUACCGGUUCUGCGGUCCGAUUAUCCGGUUACCGUCUUCGCGCCUUCGGUCCUUCGAAGUCGCCCUUAUUGCACCACUCAUGUAGGGUACAACAACACCAGAUUUUCACAGCGUGAUGGAUCAUUAUUCUUAUUAUGGUGCAUAUACGUUUUCUCGUUGUCGAUUUCCAAUGGGAACCUAGAUGCUUUGCUCCCUGAUUUCAUGCCUCAAGGACAGAAGUUGUGUUCAACCUUCCUUGACAUAGAGGUCGCCAUUGGCGCCACGGAUGCGUUCAAACCUGCUGCAAAUCUCACUAUCCAAAUCCACUGA